AUGGAACUUCCCAAAAUCCAGCAUCUUAGCAAGAGACACGACGAUUUGAUUGCGUUUUUGGUGGUGGGAGAUUGGGGAAGAGAUGGGGAUUUCAACCAAUCUAGAGUUGCUACUCAGAUGGGAUAUGUUGGGAAGAAACUGGGAAUUGAUUUUGUGAUCUCCACCGGUGAUAACUUCUACGAUAACGGAUUGAAGGGUGUGGACGAUCGAGCUUUUAAAACAUCAUUUAGUAAUAUCUACACUGCCAAGAGCCUUAGAAAGCCAUGGUAUACAGUGUUGGGGAACCACGAUUUUCUGGGGAAUGUCGAGGAUAUGCGGAUAUCUACGACUCCGUUUGUGCAGAAGUACUUUGACAAUCCUAAGAAGCAGAAUUUUGAUUGGAGAAAUGUGUUUCCAAGAGAGGGAUAUCUCUCUUCCACCUUAAAAAAUCUUAAUUUUUCAUUGGAGAAAUCCAAGGCACCUUGGAAUAUUGUUGUUGGACACCACACAAUAAAAAGCAUUGGAUACCAUGGUGACACGCAAGAAAUGCUAGAUCACAUUCUCCCAAUUCUUGAGAGUCACAAGGUGGAUAUGUACAUCAAUGGACAUGACCACUGCUUGCAGCAUCUUAGCAACGAGUGCGGGUCAAUGCAGUUCCUAACAAGUGGGGGUGGUUCAAAGGCAUGGAAGAAUAUAAUUUAUCAUGGAAUGCACAAUGAGAGUAUGAUGCACUUCUAUCAUGAUGGCCAAGGCUUCUUGUCUCUUGAGAUUGCUUAUGAUAAGGCAAAGAUAGCAUUUUACGACGUUUCUGGGAGACCUCUUCAUCGUCUCAAACUUCUGAAGUGA